AUGCGGGCCUCGGCUGCUUCUGUUGUAUCAACCCUGGUGGCGGUUAUUGGACAGUCUUUGAUUGCAGGCGCUGUCCCAGCUUCAUCUAGUGUCGAUCCAUGUGCGAAGAUUGCGGGACUAGAGUUUGCACCGCCUGCUGACGCGUUAGCAUGUCUGACAUCGUUCCCGUUCAACGAGACUCUGCGUCAGAACGUGUUGGAUGUAGUUUCCAAAGUGUUCGACUUCUACACAUUUGAAGACUAUUACCUCGAGCCUGUACCCGUCUUCGAGCAGCCGGCGGUCUACAUUCGCUCUGAACUCGCUCGUAUCAAUAGUACAUCAUACGAUUCAGAUUAUGCAUUCAACAAGGACCUCUUUGACAUGGUCAACAGCCUGAAUGAUGGACACACGGGUUGGUAUCCCUUCUGCUAUUGGGGCACGUUUCAGAACCUCCUCCCAGCGCCUGUUAUCAGCCUCGAAGUAAAUGGUGUUCAGAACGUCUAUGUCGUCCCCAAUCUUGUCGAUGUCGUCAAUAGCUUGGGCGCUAACUACACCUCCCACUUUGAGUCUAUUGGCUUUGACUGGCAGCGGCUUGCGGGCGCUCUCGUGCUGGAGAUUGGAGGCAUGGACGCGUAUGAUUACGCGGAUUAUGUUGCUGACACCGUUACGGGAAAUUAUAUUGACCAUGGUGUCCGUAUAAAUAGCGUAUUCAGUAGCUAUGAGAUCAACGAGGACAACGAGUUCCAGCAACGAUUUGGAGAUAUUGCUGGGCCGCUAUUCCCGGAUCAGGAGAAUCUUACUAUGACUCUUAUCCCGGUUGGCUCGACGUCCCCAGAAACAGUCACGAUACCGUUCUUGGCGAUAGCGGACACUUAUCCAUUCACAGAUGCAUCAUCCUACUGGGCAAAUAACUGCGCAGCAAAUAAUGAAACAAAUGGUGUCGACUAUCGGACAACUGAAGGAAAGACGGAGAGUGCGCGAACGUAUGCACGAGCGAAUCUUAUGAAGAGCUCAGCACGAGCGGCAUUCCCCUCUCAGCUUGUGCCUGAUCUACCAAUGGUCAAUGGGAGUUCUGGUCAAAUCAAGAAUUUCCUCUUAGACGACAACACCACUGCUGUGAUGUUCGUCGGCUCGUUUGACCCCGACGACUACAAUGGCUUCCAAAACGAUGUCGUCUCAGCAGUGACUCAGUUUAAAGAGGCCGGUGCGACUCGUUUGAUUGUAGAUCUUACUAAUAAUGGGGGAGGGUAUGUCUGUCUUGGAGAAUUUCUGCAUGCAUACCUUGCUGGAUCGAGCUUCGGCUUCCCUGGUUAUUCCACAGCUGUACGCGCCAACACGCUCGCACAGAAGAUUGUAGCUGCCGAUAUCAUGCUGAACAACACCGAAGAGGUUGCAUUCUACGCUCCGGACAACUGGGCUUUCACGAAUGACACUAUAAUGCCAAAUACGUACAACUACAUCACUCCUGAUGUUAACAGUACAAUUGAUGGUGCACUGUACUCCGAGUCCCAACGAUUCUACGAUGUCUGUACGCCAUGGAAUGUCGAGCUGCCAGUGGAUCCACCAUUUGACCUAAACAAUGUCGUUAUUGUUGGCAAUGCCGAUUGCGCAUCGACGUGUGCACAGUUCAGUACUCUCAUGUACGAAAGACAUAACACCAGGGUCGCAGUUUUUGGUGGAAAGCCGGGGGAGGUGAUGCAAUACAAGGGCGAGUCCGUUGGCAUUCUUUCUUAA